AUGAUCCAGGAGACUGUCACCACCUCUUUUACUUCUAUUUCUAGUAUCGAGGAGACUGAUGAAAUAAAAAAACAUUGUUAUUUUUGGUGGAAAACUGGCAGCAUUCAUCCGAAGGCCGGGUGGGAGGAAGCUACACUUUUCUCUAUAUUUAUACUAACAAUCUUAAUAUUUGAACUAACUUUUGAUCUAUUCUACUAUGAACUUUCAUUAACUCUACUCAAUUAA